AUGAAUAAAUCCUUGUCCGAGUCAAACUUGAACGACCAGAUUACGGCAGGCGAACAAAAUAUCACCCCCCCGAACUUUGUUUUUACACGUGCUGCUAAAAAGAGGAAAGAACAGGACAGUCCUACUAAUCUGAUGGAGCUUCCAUACAGCGCUACAGAAAAUGAUUUCCACGCGUUUGUUAAUGAAAUGAGAGGUAUGUUUAACAACUUACUUGCUGCCCAGCGACAGGAAUUUGACAACAUAAAUCCUACAUUAAAGAGUAUUCAAGAAACCAACGCAAAAAUCGAGGCAUCUAUUGAAUACCUACACAUAGAGAACACAGAACUAAAAAAGAAAAUUAAGAACUUAGAACAGCAGAAAAAAGAAGAUGCGAAAUACAUUGUCUCACUUGAAGAGAAGUUAGAAAAUGUACAGAAAGGAUACAGGAAGGCUAAUUUUGAAAUUAAAAAUGUUCCAAAAGUAGAAAAAGAGACAAAAGAAGACUUGAUAAAAUUGACUACUUGUCUAUCCAAUACCGUUGGUGUAAACAUAACUAAAUCUGACAUUAAAGAUAUAUACAGAGUUCGCGGAAGAAAAGAGAAUAUCUCAAAUGCACCUAUUGUUGUAGAAAUGGCUUCAACUCUACUCAAGAUGGAUAUUUUAAAGAACUAGACUCCUAGAGGGAGAUCUCAGAGGCCAGCGGCAUUGCACAGUGUGGCAAUUAGAACAGCAGAUAACAUGGACGUCCCAGGAUCUCUUCAAACUGUGACUCCUUCACCUCCUACGCCACCUUCGGUUGGUGACAACAGUGUUGCUUUACUUACUGGAGCUGCUUUAUCCCUUGUUCUUCUCACGAUCUUAACAACGUUGUGCGUCACAUUGGUGGUUAUGUGCAAAAAGAAACAGCCUAGACGUGAUCCUGAACAAAACACUAUCCUGCGCAGAAAUGUUGGAGUGUCAAUGUAUGGUGGCUCAUCGAUGUCAUCCAACGUAGUUCCUACAGUAGUUGUGCGAGGGCACAGAGGUUCCAGAGUACUUGCAGCGAGAUGGUCAGGAGUUCUAGAUGAUGCACCAUUGGCUGUAUUAGCCUUGGAUACAAGACCACAUGAAACGGAUUCCAAUAACAGUGAUGCCGAACAAGAGACUGAACUAAACAGGCAUACGGGUGACACAGAAACACAGACAGGUCCUCACUGA